AUGUCGUCUACCACCAACUACGAAUCGUGUCAAACAUGGCAAGAGAUCGCUGCCGAGCAUCGCAAGAGCCUCCAAUUUCCCGCUGGCACCAUCUCGGAUGAUCCGCAACUCAGCGAAUGGUCACAGAAGGCCAAUUUGGACUAUACGAACCCUUCCAACACUCGGCCCGGUCCAUCACUGUCCACUCUGCUUCAGAAUGAUUCGACACGGCGGAUCUGGAGCUCCGAGCUCGAUGCUGUUCUUGACGGACUCGAUGCAACUGGUAUCGUCGAAUUGACUCGAUCCGGCAAGGCUAAAGUCCAGGACGUCGUGCAACAUUUUUUGAGUCGUGCAUCGAUCGUGCAUCAGGCGACGAACUGUCUUUCUCACUUCUUCGCCGAGGACGCUAUCCGGAGAGCUAAGGAUCUGGACGAUAAGAGAGCUACGUUGGAGGCGGAGGGUAGGCUGGAUGAGCUGGGACAGCUGUUUGGCCUGCCGAUGAGCAUCAAGGGACACAUGUCGUACGGACGACACGGCAGCCAGAGAGGGUUCGUGUUCGAUGUACUGCCAGAUCCCAGCAGCCACCCGCUUGUCCGGCGAAAUCUCGCCACCAAGCAGGUUGAGCUGCUAGCUUCUACUCAGGGCAGAUACGUCAGCGAGAAUCCGGUCGAUUCGAGCAUCGCCAAGUUGCUCCUGGAAAACGACGCGGUGAUCAUCGGCAAGACGACCAUGCCGCAAGGUGUCAUGCAUCUAGACACGACGAACAAUCUUUACGGUCAAACGCUGAAUCCGCAUAACCUGGCGUUGAGCCCAGGCGGAUCGAGUGGAGGGGAGAGUGCGCUUGUUGCGGGAGGGGGUAGUGCAAUGGGUGUGGGGUCGGAUAUUGGAGGAAGCAUUCGUCAGCCGUGCGGUGUGACUGGGUUGUAUGGAAUCAGACCCACAACGCAGCGCUUGCCGUAUGGAGGCGUGCGAUCGACCAUGCCAGGUAAUGAAGGUGUCGGGUCGUCGUUGGGACCUAUGGCGAAGAGUAUGAGGGAUGUAGAGCUGUUCAUGUCGAGUCUGAUGAACGACAGGACGAGGCCGUGGGAGUGGGACCAUACUGUGCUGCCUAUGCCUUGGAGGAAAGUGGACGGUCUGCUGCAUGGUGGUCGAAAUGAGAGUAAGCCGAUCGUCGUCGGAGUCAUGAUGGAGGACGGAGUUGCGAGGCCCACGACACCGGUUCGACGUGCGCUUUCAAAGUGGGUCGACAAACUGAGCGCUUUUGCGGCUCAAUCCGGCACGGAUCUGCCUCGGAUCGAGCUUCGACGUUGGAACCCACGCGAUCUGCACCGACGUGCUUGGGACAUCAUCCGCUCUCUCUACUUCAUGGACUCGGGCAAGAUGUUUGCGCUCCUCUCCAAGGCCACGGGAGAACCACUGCUUCCUCUGACGCAGUUCAUCCUCUCGGAGCCUUAUGUCCGCUCCGCCACUGCCGACCUGGACGCCGACGCUGCCUCCUCUGCCGAUGCACGCAAGCUGGACGAGAUGUCGUACACCGAAUCCUGCGCCAACAUUCGCGCACGCGAAGCGUUCCGGAAGGAGUUCUUGCAGGCAUGGAACGAGCGCGGUCUGGACUGCCUGCUGUGCCCUGUCAUGUGCAGUACAGCUCCCAGACCGGGCACGAUCAAGUAUUGGGGCUACACGAGCGUUUUCAAUCUUGUGGAUUAUCCGGGCGUGGUGUUUCCCUCGGGCUUCAAGGCCGAUGCAGAGGUGGAUGGGGAGUUUGAAGAUGCUGAAGCAGACGGUGGCCAGUUUGGAUAUGCAAGGAGGGACGGCUGGAUGAGCGACUUUGACAAGGAUAACACGGAAGAGUAUGAGCAGCACAGGCAGGUGUUUGAUGGUGCGCCUGUGGGAUUGCAGCUCAUUGGAAGGAGGUACAAGGACGAGGAGCUGGUCAAGUAUGCCGAGCUGCUACAGCACAUUGCUGGCAGCACCUGA